CAGUGUUUCGUGUUUUGUGAGUCAGUGCGCAUGCGUGAGUUUGGAGUUAGCCGAGAAGAGCUAAUCGUAGCGAUAUUAUUAGUUAGACGAGAAAUGGCCCAAUACAGAGCGUCCGAGUCGAAGCGUGAGCAGUUCAGGAGAUACUUGGAGAAAGCUGGAGUCCUGGACAGUCUCACUAAUGUGCUGGUGACCCUGUAUGAGGAACCUGAGAAACCCAACAAUGCUUUAGAGUUUAUAAAACAGCACCUGGAGAUCGGGGACCCGGACUCCACCGACGUGGAGUCUCUGAGAGCGGAACUGUCCGAGCUGCAGCACAAAUACGACCUGCUGCUGCUGGAGAACAAAGAACUCAAGAACCGGCUGCAGCAGUAUGAAGCAGGAGCAGAAGAUGGUGGAGCAGAAUGAUCUCUCUGUUUAUUUGGUUUAUUAUAUUUAUUUUGUACACAUGCACUGGUUUGGUUGAUAGAAUGAUACUCUGUUGUGUCGAUGAGAGAUCGUUGUUUUGGUUGCGAGUGCUGAACAGAGUUUUGGUUUGAAUGUUUUUUCUUUUUUGUGACAUGAAUAAACACAAAUACACUCGA